CCCCUCCCAAGCUCCACGCACGCGGAAAGCGGGGGCUUUGCACUUUGUCCCUGUGAGGACCCCGUCCAUCUCCCGGGUCGGCUCAGCGGCCUGAGAAAAGUUAAGCUUCAGCUUCUUUAGGUGUGGAGUUUGGGGCAGGGCUACCACCCGCGUGGAGUGUGCUCCUCUGUCAGAGGCAGCCCGCUUGCCGGCGCUCAUGCGCGAAGCGUAGCGCCUCAUUAGCCCAAGGACCUCGCCUACCGGAAGUUGUCAUUUUUACCAGCAAUCCAUCACGUCCCUUUUAACCUAGUUUUCUUUUGCACAAAGUGGAGACAUCUUUUUCACGUUAUUUUUGUUAUAAAUUUAAGCCAAUGGCUGACAAUGGCCUGGAGGAAAUACCUAAGAAGUGCCCCCACUGCGCAUCGUCUCAGGCCGACCUGCUGUGUGUGUGUUCAGCAGUUAACGCUCCCGUUUUGGUGGUGGAAAUGUCACAGACAUCGAGUAUUGGUAGUGCAGACAUUUUUGCUUCACAAGAGAGAAGAAAAGAAAAAAGUGCUAGCAGAGAACCUUCCGUGAAAGACUUGUCCACAAGAUUAAAUGUGGAGAGAAAGGCUUCUCAGCCCCAGUGGAGUCGGAGCAAUGUCACAGAAGGGAAAGUUCCACACAUACGAAUGGAGAAUGGAGCUGAUAUCGAGGAAUUCUAUACCUUCGGAAGAAUAUUGGGACAGGGGAGCUUUGGAAUGGUCAGUGAAGCUACAGACAAGGAAACAGGAACUAAGUGGGCAAUUAAAAAAGUGAAUAAAGAAAAGGCUGGAAGCUCUGCGGUGAAGCUACUGGAGCGGGAGGUGAGCAUCCUAAAGAGUGUCAAACACAAACACAUCAUCCAUCUGGAGCAGGUGUUUGAGACGCCCAAGCAAAUGUACCUUGUGAUGGAGCUUUGUGAGGAUGGAGAACUCAAAGAAGUUCUGGAUGUCAAAGGGCACUUCUCAGAGAAUGAGACAAGGCUGAUAAUUCAGAGCCUUGCGUCCGCUAUUGCCUACCUUCAUAACAAGGAGGAGUGUUUGAUACAUUAUUUGAAUGUACACAGAAAUCUCACCUCAACUCUGACCUGUUCAGCUAGAGAUAUAGUGCACAGAGAUCUAAAGCUGGAAAACAUAAUGGUUAAAAGCAGCUUUUUGGAUGAUAACAAUGAAAUGAACUUAAACAUAAAGGUGACUGAUUUUGGCUUGGCGGUUAGGAAGCAUGGCUCCAGGAGCGAAGGCAUGAUGCAGACCACGUGUGGCACUCCUAUCUAUAUGGCGCCAGAGGUUAUCAAUGCCCAUGAGUACAGCCAGCAGUGCGACAUUUGGAGCAUAGGUGUCAUAAUGUACCUUUUACUGUGUGGAGAGCCACCCUUCUUGGCAAACUCGGAGGAAAAGCUCUUUGAAUUAAUAAGAAAGGGAGAGCUACAAUUCGAAGAUCCGGUCUGGGAUUCUGUAAGUGAUUCUGCAAAAAACGUUCUGAAACAACUUAUGAAAGUAGAUCCUGCUCACAGAAUCACAGCUAAGGAACUUCUGGAUAACCAGUGGUUGACAGGCAAUACAUUUUCUUCAGUGAGACCAACCAAUGUAUUAGAAAUGAUGAAAGAAUGGAAAAAUAACCCUGAAAGUGAUGAAGACACCACGACAGCUGAGAAGAUGGAGCAGCCAGCGAAGGAAAAGUUGAAAAGUGGCCAAGUCAGGGGAAAGGUCCCUGACGUCAAUGACAGUCCAUCUGCAAAGGCGGCAAAGCAGCCCACCACUGCUGCCAAGAAACUAGAUGUAGAUGAUGCUGACACGAGCUACUCAAACUCAACAUCCAGCAAACUACUUUCUGCCGAACUCAAAGCAGAACCCGAGAAGAGCUCCGGGACUGUGAACCAGGCAGUGGCGGCUAAGGGCACCAUGAAAACCUCUUCCUUUUUGCGAGGCAAGAAGAAGCUCUAGGGUUCUGCCCAAUGCUGCUCAAUGCAAGACCAGACCGCUCCUCCAGUACUGAAGGGAGGGGAUAGGAGGGGACAGUGGACAGCAGGGUACUGAGCUUUUAGCCUUUGGCUCUGCUUAGCCCUGCAUGGGUUACACCAGUUUAAAAUUGAAGCUAGUUACUAAAGCAUCAUAGCCGCACGGGGCACUGAAGGACAGCGUGGGUGUGCGUGGGGCAGGCUGCAGCUCUCGCCAGCUCCAGGGUUCCAGGGUUAAGGGACAAGUGCUCUCAGUGCAAGGUUGGGGCCAUACUUGCUCAGUUCUACUCAAAUUCUUAUAUUUAGGCACAAUUAUUUAUAAGGGAAAAAAGAGGCCAGAUACAGUGAUGGAGGUUCUAAUGAUUAUGAGCACUCAGCACUAGGAGACGUCAUUAGAUGAUUACUAAUAAAAUGGUCAUGGCCACAGGCGCUGUGGCAGAAGCGAUGCAGUCCCUCGAGUGUCCUUGUGGUUCUAGUUGCUAUAGAUGGCUUAAGACAAGUUACUUUAAACAUAGAAAAGUAGGAUAUUUUGUAACUGCUUGCAUUGGCUUGCUGCUAUUCUCCCAUCAUACUGAUUAAAUC